AUGGAAGAGCACGAACAUAUCCUUUUUGGUUUUUGCAGUCGGCUCCGGCUGUUAUCGCAGUUUACCACCCAACUAUCCGUCGCUGUCGCUGUUGCCGUCGCCGUCGGUUCCGACCUCCGCGUCUUCAACUCGAGAUUUAUGAAGGAGAGCUAUUCGGCCAUCACCUGUUUAUGUGCCACUCCUGAUGGCCCCUUAGUUUCAAUGGCCAUUCAAAGAGCUGAUUCAUGUGGUACGUAUGCGUGCACAUUAUUCUUCCAAUUCAUAGCAUUGCAAGAGACUAUGAUUAUGACGCCUAAAGACUAUCGACAGUUUCUAAUACGCUAUCUUGUCUCCACUUCACUCCACUUACUCGCUCUGCUCUCGUCAUUAUCCUCCUUCCGACUCAGGUGUGUACUUUAGACUUGCUUUUUUCUCCAUUAUAUACUAUAGCCAUC